GCAAUAACCAAUCAGAAACACUAUUUGAGGGACGGUGAAACCUUUCUAGGUGCCCUGCAUAGAAAAUGCAGCGAUUUAGUCAACGUUGUGGUAUUCUCACACGAUUCCGGCUUUUACGCCGUGUCUCUUGCAGAUGGAAAAUGUUUCACAUUUCAACCGUGCCCAGUUUUCAAACACAAUGUCCGUUUUGCUUUUUUCAGCAGCCAACUGUAUGCCUCUGGUACUGAAAAUCCCAACUACUCAAGAAAUAAGCUAUGCGAAUUCCAUAAUGGCUACUGGCGCGUGGUGACUGAAUUUGACGGCCGUCAUCUGUCAUUGGUACCUCACGACAAUGUCAUUCAUUUUUUUAAGCCAUCGUCGGGAGAGAUCUUUCGCAUCGCACGUGCAGUCUCGGGG